GAGAGAUCCUUCAUCUCAGUGCUACAUUCUCAUUCCCUAUGAAUAUAAAACCCCCUCCUCAGACCUGAUGCCACCAUUUGCCUGUUGUGUUGUCGCUGAGUUUGAACCCAUCCAAAGCCAUGGCCAUGCUCAGAGUGUCUUCUUAUCGCAAGCUGUUUGAGGAUGAAAACUGGAGUCGAAAUGGAGGGUUGAGUAUGCAGUGUGCAGGGCAGUCUCGGGCCUCCAUCAGGGGUGCGGCUGUUGACAAGUGUGACUGUGACAAGUUAGACUUUGUAGCUGCCAAGGCGCUCAACAAGGAGGGUCUGAACCGGUUUGUCCAGGACCGCACCAUCAUUGCUACCCUCAAUGACCGCCUGGUCAAGCUUAUUGAACUGGCCCAUUGUUUUGAGGAGGAGAAUGAGUCUCUUGAAUGUCAGAUUGUUGAACUACAGGAGGAGUUGAAUAGUCGGCAAACCUCCUCCGGCAUCUCCUCCGCUGUGGCUGAGUGCGUUACAGACUACAGUCUGGAUGCAGUGGUGGAAAGACUGCGUAGGGAGAGGGAUGAGAUUCUGUGUGACACCGAGGAGCUGCAGAAAGAGCUGGAACGUCUGAUGAAAGAGUACGAGAAGGCUGCACAGCAGAGGAUCCUCUUCCAGCAGGAACGACAAGAUGUUGCUGAGGAAGUGGAUGCUGUGACAGCAGUGUGUUUGGCGUUGAGGGAGCAAGUGGCUAUCUACGAGGAGCAGCUGGCCAACAUGGAGGCCCAGCAAAAGACGGCAGUGGAGAGUCUACUGGAGCCAGCUGACUGGACUACAGGAGAGGUGGCAGCUAUUAAAUUUGGCAGCCCUGACAUCACUGCGGCCUUGAAUGUAAAGGAGUACUACUGCCAGCUGGCUGAGAGCCUCCAGUGCGAGUGUGGUGCAGGCUCUUCUGCUGUGGUUCGCAGUGGGGAUGGAAAACAACUGGAAGUGGGAGGAGCUGUGGGAUCAACAGUCAAAGACUUGUCAAAGAUAAAGGACAUCGGUGAAAUAAAGACGCUGAUUUCUGAGCUGCAAAAGGAGCUUGCUGAGCUUGAGAAGUGUAACGAGGAGCUGGAGGACGAGGUUGAGAUGAAGAAGGCUGCAUACGUGGACGAGAUUGCUGAGCUGGAGUGUACUAUAGAUGAAAUGCGGCACCAGGACACUGACUUCCAAGUGCAGAUGAAAGAGCAGUGUGAAGACUACAAGGAGCUGCUCAGUGAGAAAAUGGCCAGAGACAUGGAAAUCACUGCCUACAGGAGUCUGGUGGAGGGAGAGGAGGAGAGGCUGUGCAACCUGUGACUUGAGGCCGGAGAGUCAGACUGGCUGGCUGGACUGUGGCCGGAUGCUCCCCCACACAUGGAUUAGAAAAUAGACAAAAGAGAAACGCGAAAACGCACCCAAAUCCGCUCUGUGAAGAAGCUUAAGGUACCAACGCAGCAAUUUAAACAGAUGUAAACUUAUCAUGACAGAUUAAUGCCGUCUGGAGGCCUAAGCCGGGCCAUUGAUAACAGGUCGCUGGCAGAUGACCCCGAGACUUAAGAAAGAUUGAGCUGUCUAAAACUGGUGGGAGGAUGGGGGGGCUGUGCGAUGAGUGUGUAUCCAUUCAGUGUCUGGCAGGGAUAUUUCCUUAAGUGGGUUUUAUCUUUACCAGCUCACUGAUAUGAUUCAUAAAUGUUUUGUCCCCUCUUUGUUGAACAAGUCCCACGCAAAAACACACAGAAACACAGACACUCACAUACUCACGAGCUAAAUGUGUGGCUCCGUGGAGUCACAGCACCUCGUCCAUCACUCAAACGUUGUCUGAUUACGAGCUCUUAACCUUUGACCCCUUCACUGUUAGCAAACAUAUUGACAGCUCUCCUUUUUGGUUACUAAAAGCAUCUUGCCUUCCCUUUGCUUUUACAGUCGUGCAUUCGUGUUGGUUUUAUGACACUGACAGUCAAGUGUGCAGUGCGGUGUUUGCUUUUCAAAUGGUUCAUGAAGUUGUUUUUCUGCAGCUCUUACAAAACGAGCACCUGGAUCUUGCUACAAGAAAAGCCUGUGUGAUUCAUUAUUUCUCCUUUUGAAAAGCAAUGUCCCAAUUUGCUGUCAUUUCAGAAAUAAGCAUUUGGUAAUACAUUCCUCUGUAAUCUUUUCCUUAUUUUCUACAUGACUUUCAAACUGCUAUGUGAUCAAUCAUUUUUGGUUCCUGCUUCUGCACAAGCGUCAGAAUGUGCUUUAGAUUUAAAUUAAAUAAAAGUAGUUGCCUGAGA